AUGUACUUUGUUGAACCAUCCCCUGUGGUCAUACAUGGAAAUUACCUUGAUGCAAGACUGACUCCUCACUCUUCUAGAGAUGGAUCACCUGUGUGCUUUGUCAACCUUCAAGUAAAGGUCGCACUUGUACACAUUAAAUCAAGCUCUAUCUUUGGCUACAAGACCAUCACAAAGAAAAUUCCGGCCAGAAUUUGUGACCUCAAGAACCUUAUCGUACUUGACGUCUCCAACAAUUACAUUCCAGGCAAGUUCCCGGAUAUUCUCAAUUGUUCUAAGCUGGAGCAUCUCCUCUUGAAGCAAAACUUCUUCGUGGGUCCAAUUCCAGCUGACAUUGAUCGACUUUCACGUCUCCGGUACCUAGACCUCACCGCAAACAACUUCUCUGGAGAUAUUCCCGCAGCAAUUGGGCGGCUACGGGAGCUGUUCUACUUGUUUCUGGUUCAAAAUGAGUUCAACGGCACCUGGCCAACGGAGAUUGGUAAUUUGGCGAAUCUUGAACAAUUGGCCAUGGCCUAUAAUGACAAAUUCCGGCCUUCAGCCCUUCCAAAAGAGUUUGGCGCAUUGAAGAAGCCGAAAUAUCUGUGGAUGACGGAGGCGAAUUUGAUUGGCGAAAUACCGGAGUGCUUCAACAAUCUAUCGAGUCUGGAACUCUUGGACCUCUCAGUCAACAAAUUGGAAGGUACGAUCCCGGGAGGCAUGCUUACGUUGAAGAAUUUGAACUAUUUGCAUUUAUUCAUUAAUAGAUUGUCCGGCCACAUUCCUUCAUCCAUAGAAGCUCUCAACUUGAAAGAAAUUGAUCUUUCCAAGAACCAUUUGACGGGGCCGAUACCAGCGGGUUUCGGGAAGCUACAAAAUUUGACGGGUUUGAAUCUUUUCCGGAAUCAGUUGUCAGGAGAGAUACCAGCAAAUAUAAGCCUCAUUCCUACACUGGAAACCUUCAAAGUUUUUAGCAAUCAAUUGAGUGGAGUUUUACCUCCAGCAUUUGGCCUUCAUUCGGAGCUCAAACUCUUUGAGGUUUCCGAGAAUAAACUAAGCGGGGAAUUACCUCAACAUUUAUGCGCUAGGGGGGCUUUGCUUGGAGUGGUCGCUUCCAACAACAAUCUCAGCGGGGAAGUGCCCACGGCCCUCGGGAAUUGCACAAGUUUGCUCACCAUUCAGCUUUCCAACAAUCGUUUUUCAGGCGAGAUUCCUUCCGGCAUCUGGACAUCCCCGGACAUGGUAUCGGUGAUGUUAGAUGGAAAUUCAUUCUCAGGGACACUUCCAAGUAUCACAAAAAAAGAACACAAAAUGAGGAACGAGUGGUAA